AUGGCCGUAAAGCCUCAGCAAUUCAUCGACCUUGGGAACACACCCAAGAAGAAGACUAACGGUGAGAAGUGCAAACGGUCGGAGUCGACAAUAUCUGAUGAGUCAGAGGGCUUUAGGGGCUCUGUGGCAUCUGCGAUUUCCGAUGGCGAUACGACUGAUUCGGGCGUAGUCGACGAAUCCAUUCCAAGGACGAAGAAGGCGGCACGGCCGUCGACUGAUGCGUCAAGCCAUCACCCAGUAGUUCAAGGCUCGGAUGCUUCAGGCUCGGAAGUUUUCUGCAGUAUAUGCAAUACCAUUCAUUGCGGGCCUUGCAAUAUGACGGACAACCCAGAGAACUUGGCUGCAUAUCGACUAGCUUUGUUAACGAGGGCGGACAACGAACCCAUCGAGGAGAAGCGGGAGGCCAUCACUCUUAUCGAAACCGUUCUCAGAGACCAUGGAAAGCUUCACCUCAUAGACGGCCAACCUCUUCACCUCGUCGAGAGGCCACCGCCGGCAGCAGUUUCCGUCAAACAGUCCAAUGAAACAUCAAUACUGCAUGCACUUCCUAGCGCUCAACCACCUGUGGCACCUGCCGCGUCGUUUUCCAGAUCAGCUCCCGGGAAGCGUGUCUCUGCUCGCGAUGGCAGUUCUUCGUCUUCAGCUGCCGCACGUCUAGCGCCGAGUUUCAUGAGUAGAUUCCGAAUCGACCUCUCCGUGAAGCCCUCCAAACCGAAGCCCAAACCGAAGCCCGCGCGUUUAGAGGCGCUCCAGCAAACUUCACCGAUCUAUGCGUGA